AGUUUGAGAUCUCCUUUGAGACAUGCCAGCUGUAAAGCCAAGACCCUCCCCUUGGUAUAAGAGGUACUUCAUAAGGAUAGAUUUCCAGAGAGACAGAUAGAGGCAGAGUAGCAUUUUCCAGGAAAGAUGGCCAGCAGAAAAACCAAGAAGAAGGAAGGUGGUGCUAAGCGUGCUGCAAGAGCGUCCUCCAACGUUUUCUCUAACUUUGAACAGACACAAAUUCAAGAGUUUAAGGAAGCUUUCACAUUAAUUGACCAGAACAGAGAUGGCUUCAUUGAUAAAGAAGACUUAAAAGAUACCUAUGCUUCUCUAGGUAAAACAAAUGUCAAAGAUGAUGAGUUAGAAUCCAUGCUCAAAGAAGCUACUGGACCGAUUAAUUUUACAAUGUUUUUGAACCUAUUUGGGGAAAAGUUGAGUGGUACAGACACUGAAGAAACCAUAUUAAAUGCAUUUAAAAUGUUUGAUCCAGAAGCUAAAGGAAAUAUUAACAAGGAUUACAUCAAACGCUUAAUGAUGUCACAGGGCGACAAGUUUUCUGCUGAAGAGAUUGACCAGAUGUUCCAGAGCUCUCCUAUUGAUGCAGCCGGAAACCUGGAUUACAAAGCUCUCUGCUACACCAUCACACAUGGAGAAGAAAAAGAGUCAGAGUAAAUCUGACAAACUUUUGACUGUUGCAUCAACAUCUCUCUAUCCAUGCAUAAAGAACUAAAAUAAAACCAGAGUUCAUUUUUUUGCCUUCUCAA